GCUCUUCAGCCAUGGAGCCAUGGUUAGCCUUCAGGAGGUUGCAACUGUCAGCAGCAGCAACAGCAGCCUUACAGAGACUCUGAUUGUUUGCAGUCCAGAGCGGCCCACUUUGAGCGACCGCCCAACACCUAGCAGGCCCAGCAGCAACUGCAGCAGGCAUGUGGCAGUGACUGCAGCGCCGCGGACGCCUGCAAGCCCUGUGGCCACGGAAAUUGAUUCUGACGGUCCUGCGACGCCUUCACCGAGAUCCCGUUCCAUCCACUCCCGCUCCCAGCAAUUUUCACCUUCCCAGCAUUCGCCAGCGACGAAAUCGACAAAGCACGCUGGAAACGGAGAGGAUGAUUUGCUGCUUUUGCUCCAGGUGCAAGAAGAUCCCAAAGUAUUAAAGGGGAGCGAGGAAGUGAAGACUGGGCUGCAGCCUCAGCCGGACCAGCCGCACUCGCAGCCGCAGCCCCAUCCCGAGUCCUUUGCUGCUGCCUCGGCGCACCGGGCUGCGGCUGAGCAGCUUCAGAAUGAGGCUCAGUUGACGUGUGAGGAGAUGCCACAGGAUGCAAGUUCCGCAUGUCAAUGGGUAAUGGGAAGCGUGUCACGCCCUCUGGAGCAGUUGAUGUUCAGCGAGUCUCCUCGGCGUAAAUCGCGUACCAGCCGGAUUAUCCAUGAAUUGCUGGACACACCGCCUGAUUUGAGUCAUACGGUUGAGGCGAAGAAGCCUGAUAAUGCAUGCAGUGUGCAAGCACCAGCUGCCAAGAAGAAUCGAGUGACAGGGGAGACAAACCCCAAGACACAUCAUGCGAGGGUUUGCGGAGAACAACAGGAUCCGCCUCAUGAACAAGUUGCUAAACCCGUGCGGCACAGCCUGUUGAGAACACCAAACGCGCGUUGGCACGCAAUUUGGUUCUUGCAGACACCGAUGAACGAGGACGACAGAAGCGACAUGGGUGGCGCGAUGAAAAUCAGCCGCCUCAGCAUGGAGGAAGAAACUGCCAUGAAUGCCGCCCUGGAAACUGCUUUGUGUGCCCUUCGACGUAAGGGAAUUACACGGGCUGGUCCUGCAGCUGCAGCCCAACUACUAAGUGAAUUCAGCCAUGCGGUGGGUGCCGAUUUGACUGGUCUUUGCUGCGUGCCCCUUGAUGGCGAAUUGCACAGCGCACUUCCAGCGGAACUUUUGGGAGAUCCGGCAGUCUCAGCAGCACGGCUUCCGCCGCCGCCGCAAGGAAAAAGUGGAGCAUUGGCAGGUGCAGCGCUUCACCGUGCGAAGCAAGUGGUGUCGCAGAUCUUGGAUUCGUUGGCACCGGUAGUCUUCAAAAUUGGCAUUACUUGCACUCCUUUCCUGCGAUGGAGAGCCUACGAGCGGGAGGGUUAUCAAAAGAUGCACCUGCUGCAUGUUACCGAAGAGCCUGGCUUGGUGCAGAUGAUGGAAGCAGCGCUCAUCUCAGAGUUUCAGGGGCGAGCUGGCUGCCGCAAUGUGGCAAAAGGAGGGGAAGGUCCAGUGGGACAAGCCCCUUAUUUUGCGUACUUGGUGGUUGUGAGCUGCGGCGAUGGUGUGGGCAUCCUUCCAAAGAGAACCAGAAGGACGGCCUGCAAGACUGCCGCGCGAAAAAAAAAAGAAUGCCAUCCUUGCGGUGGCAGAGCAGUGGUGCAAUUUCCAUCGAACCAGGGUGCUUGGAGUUGA